AUGAACAAAACUGAUUUAACCCCUCAAUGUGACAUCAUAAACGAAUUCUACACGACACCGCAUUUGAGGCGGUUCUUUUUUCCUCUGGCAGUCCUUAAUUGCAUUGUUGAUGGUUUCUUGCCCGUAACAUCUGUUGGAGGAAGCGUUUUACUUCUCGUGGCCGUUAUCAAAUUCCCCGAGCUCCGUGAGAUACCACGCAACCUUCUCCUUGUAUCGCAAGCACUUUCCGACCUGCUUAUCGGGCUUAUGGUACAACCGUUUUUAACCGCCAGACACAUCGGCUUGUUACUUGGAGAUUGUUUACUAUCAACAAACAACUCUCUCAAAUUCUUCGCAAGCUACUCGGUCUACGGCUUGCUAUUUUCUUCCUGUUUGAACAUCUGCUUGAUAACCAUGGACAGGUACAUUUGCAUCGCGUAUUCUCUGCGAUAUCAAGACAUCGUUACUAAAGAAAGAGUCGUUCUAGCCAUUAGCGCUUCCUGGGUGCUUUCGCUGGCUUUUGCUACAGUCCAAGCGCUCCCUUUUCUUCCUGGAGUCACCAUCCUGAAAACCUCCGCCAGAGCGUUCUCCGCCAUUCCUCCCGUGCUGUUAGUAAUCAUAACAAUUCUUUGCUAUUCCAAGAUGACGAAGAUCGCAAGGCGACAUCAAAGGCAAAUACGAGCACAGAUGAAUGUCAGCAACGACCAUCCGACUCAACAAGAUUUCCAAAGCACCAAGACAGCCCUGCUAAUGGUUGGCGUUAUUUUCCUGAGUUAUGUCCCAGCGGUCAUUGUCGUGCUUUGUUUGUACGCCAGCAAGGAUCUUGCGUUUCUAGAAGCUGUGAAACCGUUUUUGGCAACCCUCGCUUUCCUCAACUCAAGCAUAAAUCCUUUGGUGUACUACGCGCGAAGCAGAAAAAUCCGCCGCUGCGUCUGGAAAGUAGUAAAAUGCAUAAAUUGA